AUGGAGCUUGAGAGCAAGGUGAAGAAGGCGCGAGUGGCGAGGGCCCGUGAAGUAGAUGUUGCAGAGUUGCGCAAUCAAGGCUCCAAGGUUUCUCUUCCGUUCCCGGGCUUGGAGGAUUCGUGCAAGAUCAAGAGGCCUCCUCGCGAGUUCGCAUUUUGCAGCACGGAGGAGUACAUCGGUUUUAGGAUUGCUGUGAAACCUUUACUCAGCGAUAGCAUGGGGGGCGUUUUCAUAUUGACAGGUACCAAGGGAGGGGGGAAAAGCAGCAUGUUGAGAGCCUUCGCCUGGGAGCUUAUAAAAGUUUUCGAUGAGUUCAACAAGCGGCCACAACCCGGAUAUCCUAUCACCAGAGUAGUGUGUAUUUGGUACUUGGAUGUGGAUCAUCCCGUUGCUGAACAGGUCCGUGACGUGCUACUGUUCACGUUCUGCAACGAGAAAGGCGCGGAGGAGGCCAUAGCCUACAUGGAAACACCGGAAGAUGCUAAGGCAUUUCUGGAAAGUCGGAGGCGGCUAGGCGAAAGGAUCGUCCUGUUGACUGAUGAUGGGGAAGAGCGUCAUGAUCUGAGGACCGGAAGUGAUGCAGAGAAGCGCAAGGCAGCCAGGAAAUGGACAGACGAACUUUGGGGGCAAGCACAUGUCGUGGUGAAGGCCCUUUCACCCAACAGUGAAGCAUUGAAAGAAUCUCGGUUUCAAGGUAGUCCCACAGUAUAUAAUAUCAGCAAGAUGUUCACGAAGGCAGAGCGUGAUGCGUACCUGUCGGGAACUGUUCUUGGCAAGUUUCUUGAGAACUAUCCUGAGCACUGGGGUGAUGUCGAGGACCUUGGUGCAUGCCACCCGUUGUCACUUUCCAUUCUUGUUAACCACUGCAACAGCCUGACAGGUUGCGUCUCAGGUGCUCGAAAAAAGUACAUUGAACUUGACGAGCUAUACGAUAUCUGGCGCAAUCCUUCUGCCACCACUGAUCCUUCUGCCGCUGAUUCUUCUGCUGCUGCUGCUCCUGCCACUGGCCCUUCUGCUACUGAUUCCAACCAGCUAAUUGAGGAGUACUGCCAUGUAAGUGCACCGUGUGAAUUAUUGUAACUAGGGCCUUAACGUUCUGUCCUGCAGAGGUUGGAG